UGCAGAGGCCAUAGCCAACCACCAUUUCUUCGCGCGCUUUCUGAGAAAAUCAACGAAAAAAUGUGCAUCGCUCUGCAAUCUUCUAUGUUUCUGCCAAGAAACCGGAAUCUCCUCUUCAAUCUCAAACCAAUUUCUCUCCAGUUCGCCAGAUUCGCCCCCAAAAUCGCAAAUCUUCCUCUCAGGACGAAGCCAUUCGCAUCCAAGUCCUUCAAUUCCACCAGUUCCUCCACCUUCGAACAUCCUCAACCCCAAUCGCAUCGACCUGUUCUUCGCAGUUUCCAGACGUUCAAAUCUCUUAUUCCGUAUAUUAUCUCUCAGCGUAAACAUAUUCUUGCUGGUUGGCUCUGUAGCGUUGUCUCGGUUUUCUCCCUGUCCCUUCUCGUGCCUAAGAUUGGGAAAUUUUCUUCUAUUAUUGACAAGAUCGACCCCAUCAAGUUGUGGGAUGAAGGUCUGGUUCUAGGAUUUUUGGUGUUCGCUCGUUUCGUUGCGAGCUACUGGCAAGAAGCGUUUAUUUGGGAUGCGGCGUUGAGUGCGAUUUACGAAAUUCGUGUUCGUGUUUUCGAGAGAAUUCUGGCAAUGGACUUAGAUUUCUUUGAAGGUGGUGCUGGUGUUUCCGCUGGUGAUAUCGCUUACAGGAUCACUGCCGAGGCCUCGGAUGUCGCUGAUACUGUAUAUGCCCUCCUCAAUACCGUCGUGCCCAGUACGCUGCAGUUAUCAGCCAUGGCGAUCCGAAUGUUGGCUAUUAGCCCUGUCCUAUCCUUGAUUUCAGCUAUGGUUAUUCCAUGCGUAGCUCUCGUCAUUGCCUAUCUCGGCGAGAGGCAAUUCCAAAUAUCUACAAUGGCGAGUCUAAGCGUUGCUAAUCUUUCAUCCUAUCUAAAUGAGGUCCUCCCAGCAUUUCUAUUUGUAAAAGCAAACAGCGCAGAGUUUUGUGAGCAUGCCAGGUUUCAGAGGCUUGUUCGCAUUGACCUGUAUAAACGUCUCAAGAAGAAAAGGAUGAAGGCACUUGUACCUCAUAUUGUACAAGGUCUAUAUUUUGUGUUAUUGUCAAUGCUUUGUGUUGGUUUGCUGUUGGUUUCGAAAGGUUCAUUUAGUAGUGGUGGCAUGGUUUCAUUUAUCACGUCAUUGGGAUUUCUCAUCGAACCAGUUCAGAAAAUUGGAAAGGCAUACAAUGAGUUAAAGGAAGGAGAACCUGCCAUUCAACGCUUGUUUGAGUUGAUUGAGUUCAAACCUACGGUGAUUGAGAAACGUGAUGCUAUUGAUUUAAACCGUUUAAAGGGGGAGGUAAAAUUUUGUAACGUCUCAUUUGCCUAUGGAAGAAAUAUGCCUCUUGUUUUAGAUGGAUUGAACCUCCACAUCAAAGCAGGAGAAACAGUUGCUUUCAUGGGACCUUCUGGAGGGGGAAAGACAACACUUGUUAAAUUGCUUCUUCGCCUUUAUGACCCGUUAUCUGGUGAUAUACUCGUUGAUAACCACAAUAUCCGGACUGUUAGUUUUAGUAGUUUGCGGAGAAAUGUUGGUCUCGUUUGUCAAGACAUGAUCCUUUUCUCUGGAACAGUAGCUGAAAACAUAGGAUAUUAUGAUCUGACGAAGGAAAUUGACAUGGAGAGGGUUGAGGAAGUGGCAAAAUUUGCAAAUGCAGAUGAGUUUAUCAGAAGGUUACCAAAAGGAUACUCUACAUAUAUCGGACCAAGGGGCUUAACGCUGAGUGGAGGACAGAAGCAGAGACUAGGCAUUGCAAGGGCACUCUAUCAAAAUUCAUCUAUCUUGGUCUUGGAUGAGGCAACUUCUGCAUUGGAUAGCAUGUCCGAGUUACUGGUCAGACAAGCUUUGGAGCGCCUGACGGAAAAUCAUACGGUAAGAAUCUUAGCUUAUUUAUUGAAUGAUUAUCUAGAUUUUUUUCCUUUGUUGAGAUUGUGUAUUGAAGCUAAAAUAUUUGUGAAGUUCACACAAGCAUGUAUAUCUGAAAUGGUCAGAUCAUGGAAAUUAGAUGGCGUUGGUGUAAAAUAAUCGACGAUUUUGGGGUCUUAUUCCUAUCACGAGCUUGUAGGAUGGAAAUGAUGUGGCUGAAAUCUCAUCAUUCAUUCGUAAGGAAAUAUUGUGGUUUAUUCAUAUCAUAAAAUAUGAAUGAUAAGAACUAGCAUUUAGGUGCGAACCUUUAAGGAAGAAAAUUUAUGGACAGUAUUUACAAACAUAUAUCGGUUAUUGGGAAAAAAUCUAUAUGCUUCUAAUGCCCAAUUGAGAUGAUGAAAAUGAACUAGGAUAGAAAUAAAGCAUUAUGCUGAAAUCUUCUUUGAAUAGUAUCGAGAUGGCUCCCUAAAGAGGGCAAAAGAAUGGGAACUAUUGAUCUACAUCAUCCUUGACUUUGUCCAACGUGUUGUGCAGAGAUUUUAAUUAGUCAUUUGCUGUAUUAUCAAAAUUUAUUUUAUACACUUCAGAUAUUUUUACAUGACAAUUCUUGAAAUUACCAAUUUAUUUAUUAGUAUUGUUUUUUGGUUUGAGAAUAACUAUGGUUGGCUUUUACAAGGUUGUAGAUAGACAAAACUUAAAAGUAAGGGGGAAAUUUCCCUAAAAGACAAUCAACAGGGUAUUUUUAUAGUUUGUCAUUCUUGCAACUUUCUUCUCGUUUUGUUUUCAGCUUCACAUUUCCCUUGAUUGCAUACAAUAUUUUU